AUGGCCAGCAGCCUGCUACAUGAGGAGCUCAUGUACCUCUGGUCACAGCUGCGGCUUGAAAUUCUCAAGGGACUGGGGAAUGCGAGCUCUGCAAAUCCCAAUGCGGCCCGUCUGCUCGAGGUGGUGCGGGCAGGCAGCACCAGCCUCGGCCUCGUGGCAGGCGUGGAGCCCUGCCUCUGGCGCAGUGGCAUGCAUCCCCUGCUGCCUCGGGAUGCCCAGCUUGCUGCUGACCAAGCCGAACUUCUGACCCUCUGUGAACUGGCCAGUCGCCCUCAUCUCCCCUCCCCCCUCCCCGUGCAACCUCCCAUGCUCCAGGAGUUCCUUGCCAACAUGGACGCGCUACACGCCUUUGGGAGUGGCGGGGUCCUGCGCCUGCUGCUCACACAGGGUGGAUCAUCUGCGGACCGGGACGUCGUGGUCAUCCUGCGGAGGCUGAGCGGUAGCCUGCUGCGCAGCGGCCGCCACAGCCCAGCCGCGUGCGCGCCUCUCACCCAGCUGGCCAUGCUCCUGGAGGACGGCGCGUCCACUGCGUGGACCCUAGACGUGCAGCGUUGGCAGGCCACCCUGAUCCGGAGCCUCGCGGCAGAGGCAUGGCAGCGCUGGCUGCGCGGCCUGUGCGCAGAGCCGGCAACCUCCCUGCCUGGCAGGCUCCAUGCCUCGGAGCUGACGCGCCUGGUGGGCAAGAUUGCAGCGGGCACCUCCGUGGCGAUCGGGGCCGUGGACGCGCGCAAGGCGCAGCUCUCUGGCGCCGCGCAGGCCCUGCUGCGGCACAGGGUGCCCAAUUCGCGGGCUAUGGCCGUGUCUGAGCGAGCAGCACUCCGGGCUGUCUGUGCUGCGACCCUUACGGCACACAGCGACACCAUCCCUGAGGAUCUGAGGGAAGCCUUUGGCGCUGCCAUUCAUGACCUCCUCAGCCACGAUCAACCUGCUGCGGGCGAUGUCGUCUCCCUUCUUGCCCACGCGGUGAAUGGCAGCAGCCACAGCGGCCUCAGGCAACUGUGGCUCGUUUGCUUCAUGCCCAUUGUCCAGCUGCUUGCCCAUGGCGAGGAGUUUGCUGACAUGCUGGCCUUUGGAAAAGCCUGGGCUCUCCUGGGCCUGGGCCGCCUCCAUCUCUGCAUCCCUCCUGCGGCAUGUGACCCCGCAGCUGAGGUAUCUCUGAAGAGGCAGCAUAUUUUGGCCAUCCUGCAAGAGCGUGUGGGGCCAGAACAGACGGCCAGGAUCCUGUUUGAGCAAUUACCAGGUGUGUAA